GUUUCUCAAUUACGCAUAGCCCGCGUUCGUUCGGAAGAAGGGAAGAGAGAGCGAUAGAGUCAUAGAGACCGUUCUUCGUUCUUUCUUCUCUCCCUUCUUCUUCUUCUUCCCUUCCGUCUUCUUACGAAUCUAUUAAUUGCGCUCCACUUUUCUUUCUCUAUCAGAUAUCUCAGAUCCGAUCACCUCAUUCCCUUUCUUUCUUUCUUGCGGUUCCGAGGUUGAUCUCCGACGACCCCGGCCUCGUCUAGAUCGGGGGGCGACGAUCCUUGGUUUAUCGACAAAUCGCGCGCGUCCGCGACGGAAUUUCGACAGGAUCGGCCGUUUAUGGCGUCCUCGGCACCUAGACAUGGCUACCCCGGCCAUCCUCAGGGGCCGCCCGACGCUCUAGCCGCGGGUAUUCAGAACCUGUACGUGACUCGCCCUAACGCGCCGGUUACUCGUCCUCCGUCCUUUGCCGGCGCCGGAUCCUCCCCAAUGCCCAUCGCUCGCACGGACGCACCUACGUACGCUCCUCCUCUUCGGGGCGUGUCGCCUCCGCCGUUUGUGACGGGGAAUAUUGGGCCUGGUCGACCGAUGGGGUUCGCUCAGCCGCCUCCUCCGGCCGCGUCUAGGCCGGGCCCGUUCUCCGCUUCGCCGCCGUCAAGCGGUCCGACGGCUAUAAGUAACGGACCAGCAGCGUUUGUGCCUCCUGGAUCUCGAUUUCCUCCUACCGUGCAGGGUCCGCCUGGUUUGGCGCGUGGGCCGCCGCCACCUGGCGUACGUCCGAUGGCUGAUAGUCAGAACGUUCCCGGCAUCCUGCCGCAGGUUCAACAGUCUCGCGCCCCAUUUUUAGGUGGCAGCCAAGGAGUACCGGGUCCAAUGAUGCAGCCCCAGGCGACGCCGUUCGUGGGCGCUAGUCAUGCUUCAGUUGCCCCACCGAUGCAAGCAGCCCCAGCGCCAUUCAGCGGUGGCCAAUCUGGUUCACCCACUAUGCGGCCGCCUGCGCCUCCGUUCUUGGGAGCUACUCAGAGCGUACCCCCGUUGAUGCAGGCACCUCCAGCACCAUUUAUGGGUAGCAGCCAACCUAUGCCACCUCCCAUGCAACAGCCUCCUCCGCCAUUUGUAGGUGGUAGUCAAGUCAUGCCUCCGCCACCACCACCCACGUCCUUACCGUACGGCUCCCAACCAUGGCCGAGUCAGCUCGCUCAGACUCCACAAGUUCCAGUUUUGGGUGGAAGUAUGCAGACGCCACGAAUGUAUAGUCCUGGAGCACCACCUCCUCCAAACCAACCUGUUCCUCUUGGGCCACCUGGUAUGGGUCAUCCACCAGGAACUGGACUACUGGGCAUGACGCGAGCAGGUUCUCCUGUUGGUGCAUCUCCAAUGGCAGGGGCUUCUAAAAUUGACCCAACCCAGAUGCCUCGACCAUUACCCACUUCCUCCAUGAUAACAUUUGAAACCCGUCAGAACAAUCAAGCAAACCUUCCCCCGCCUGCCACAAGUGACUAUGUGGCCAGAGAUACAGGGAAUUGCAGCCCACGGUACAUGAGAUGUACCAUGAAUCAGAUUCCUUGCACCAGUGACCUUUUGUCAACAUCAAGCAUGCCAUUGGCUCUGCUAGUUCAACCUUUAGCAUUUCCUCAUCCUUUGGAGGAGCCUAUCCAAGUUGUGGAUUUUGGGGAAGGUGGACCUGUUCGCUGUUCUCGUUGUAAGGGUUAUAUCAAUCCUUUCAUGAAGUUCAUUGAUCAUGGGAAACACUUUAUUUGCAAUCUUUGUGGUUUUACUGAUGAGACACCUCGCGACUAUUACUGCAAUUUAGGACCCGAUAGUAGGCGUCGGGAUGCUGAUGAAAGGCCUGAAUUGUGCCGGGGAACCGUUGAAUUUGUUGCCUCAAAGGAAUACAUGGUUCGUGAUCCAAUGCCUGCUGUUUUUUUCUUCCUUGUGGAUGUCUCCAUGAAUGCCAUUCAAAGUGGGGCAACUGCAGCAGCUUGCAGUGCAGUGGCUCAAAGCAUUAAUGACCUUCCUCAGGAGAGUCCUCGGACCAUGGUUGGUUUUGCAACAUAUGAUUCAACUGUUCAGUUCUACAAUCUUAAGAGGCAUCUGCAGCAGCCUUUGAUGCUUAUUGUUCCUGAUGUCCAAGAUGUUUAUACCCCACUGGAGACUGAUCUGAUUGUUCAACUUUCUGAGUGCCGGCAGCACUUGGAGCAGUUGCUUGAUAACAUCCCGACGAUGUUCCAGAAUAACAAGGUUCCAGAGUCAGCAUUUGGUGCGGCUGUCAAGGGUGCAUUUUUGGCUAUGAAGUCAACAGGAGGAAAACUACUGGUGUUUCAUUCAGUGCUGCCAUCUGUUGGCAUUGGAUCUCUAUCUGCAAGGGAAGUCGAAGGAAGAGCAAAUGUUUCUGCUGGAGAAAAAGAGGCCCAUAAGUUGCUUCAGCCAGCAGACAAAACCUUAAAGACCAUGGCAAUAGAAUUUGCUGAACAUCAGGUCUGUGUAGACUUAUUUGCCACAACCCAAAGCUAUGUCGACAUUGCCUCCUUGUCCGUAAUUCCCAGAACUACUGGUGGGCAGGUCUACUACUAUUAUCCAUUUUCAGCAGUAUCUGAUUCUGCAAAGUUAUAUAAUGAUCUUCGGUGGAACAUCACGAGACCCCAAGGUUUUGAGGCAGUGAUGCGAGUCAGAUGCAGUCAGGGGCUUCAAGUUCAGGAAUACUUUGGGAACUUCUGCAAGCGAAUUCCUACGGAUGUUGAUCUUCCAGCGAUUGAUUGUGAUAAAACUAUCAUGGUCACGUUCAAACAUGAUGAUAAAUUUCAGGAUGGUGCUGAAUGUGCCUUUCAGUGUGCCCUUCUGUAUACUACAGUUUAUGGACAGAGAAGAAUUCGUGUCACUACCUUAUCUCUUCCAUGUACAAGUGUGCUUAGUAAUCUAUUUCGUGCUGCUGAUUUGGAUGCUCAGUUCACUUGUUUCUUGAAGCAAGCUGGAAAUGACAUCCCUACAACUCCUCUUGUUCAAGUCAGGGACCAAGUAACAAACCUCUGCAUCAAUAUACUAUCUUCAUAUCGCAAAUUUUGCGCAACUGUUUCAUCAUCUGGGCAGUUGAUUCUACCUGAAGCACUUAAGCUUUUGCCUCUGUAUACAUUAGCAUUGGUAAAAAGUGUGGGGUUGCGCGUUGAUGGCCGAAUAGAUGAACGGUCCUACUGGAUCAGUCAUGUUGCCUCCCUCUCAGCAUCUUCUGCAGUUCCGCUUGUUUAUCCUAGAAUGCUGCCUAUCCAUACUCUCACUUCGAAGGCAGUUAUCGAUCAGGAAACAAAUGAUUCACUUAUGCCUCCUCCUCUACCACUAUCAAGUGAACAUAUAACUGACAAUGGAAUCUUUCUUUUGGAAAAUGGCGAGGAUUGUCUUGUAUAUAUUGGGAAUUCUGUCAACCCAGACAUUUUACAGCAACUAUUUGGUGUGUCAUCUGUGGAUAGCAUUUCUAAUCAGUUUUUGCUACAGCAGUUUGACAAUGAACUAUCAAGGAAGCUAAAUGAAGUGGUGAAUUAUAUAAGACGCCAGAGAUGUUCUUACCUUCGAUUCAGAUUAUGCAGAAAAGGAGAGCCAUCAGGGCAUCUAUUCUUUUCAUAUAUGGUGGAAGACAAGACCCCAGCAGGCCUGUCGUAUGUGGAAUUCCUCGUGCAUAUCCAUAGGCAAAUUCAGACCAAAAUGUCUUGACCUGUUUUAUUAGGAUCUAGAUCAAAAUCCUUGGUCCAUAUCCAAGUUCCACAUACUGGGGUUUCAAUCUGGAAAAUGCAAUUCAAGAGGUUUUGUGUUAGGCCAUUCUUGCACGCUGCAGCUGUUGAGUCUCUGGGAUCUCAGAUUGGGAAAUGGAAUUUUGAUGCAUUUGGUGGAGGUUGCCAACAUCCAGGUGCAGAAGAGCUCUUUAUCAGAAAAGAGAAGGUAAUAAACGGAUUCGGAUAUUUGGCUAGUUUGACUUAACCAUAUUAAAGUUGUUUCAAGGACAAUAGUGUAAGAUAAAUGGAGAGGGUCCUGGGUUUAGGAUAAGAGUGUUCCUUUUUUCCCCCUGUUCCUCCUUGGCUUGGAAAAAAGAAAAGUUGGGCACCAUCUGUAUGCCCAUCAACUCUGUUACUCUUGUUUCUCUAAACUUCACCGAAUGAUUGGGAUUAUUGUGUAAGGGUCUUUGUUCAUAGAAAAUGGAGGCUGCCCGUAAUGUAUUAAUUUGACUGCAGUUUGAGCCUGAGUUGUAUGAGUGCAUUAUCCAAGCUCCUGUAAUUUCAUUUGUGGAGACAGAGAGAGAGGGAGAGAGAGAAAGAGAGCAGAAUUGUAUUCGAUUGUGAACUUGAUUUUGUUAUACUGCGAGCAUAUGAUCGUGGGGUUCCUGAAUUUAUACUGAA